AUGACGUCCGCGUCUUCGUCCUCUGCUCCUUGCGAGCACGACGCUCAGCCUCCUGUUCCUGUCAGCCCUACCCUCACAGCUGCUGCUCCGCUGGCACCACAAUCGCCCUACGUCGUCAUCUCUUCAGCCAGCAACAGCGCAAGAGGAGCUCGAGGUCUUCGUGUCCCCUCGUCCGACGAUGGAACCAAUACAGCCAGCGCUGAGGCUGUAGUUGCCGCAAGUAAUCAAGGCUCCCCUCUGCUCGCAUCGCGACGGCAUACAGCCUUGAUAGGAGACGAGUCCCCUAGUGCACGACACAGCGUCCUGAUUGCAACGACACCGCGCGUCUCACGCGCAAGACCGCGAUUCUGGUACUUCCUGCCCCUCCUCUCCAUCAUCGACGUGGCGCUCGAAGGCAUUGUGGGCGUCUUCCUCCUCCUCAAUCCGGGUCCAUCGCUCCUCUCCGCCAAGAAACACAGCGACGAUGAGGCGCCCAGUCUGGGUCGCACGCGAACGCUUACUCUCACUUCGACUCUUCUCGCCGCCAGCCUGCUGCGCAAUGCAACGCUGAGCAUCAUAGCCAUAGGAAAUCGGACCGACCAAUUGGGUCUUAUAGUCGCAGGGGUAUGCGCCGCCUCCGCUUUGGUAGGGGUGAGCGUCUUCAACCUCCUCUUCCAGUCUGGCGUGCUGCUCGCCCGGGAGACCUCGCAAGACGUGACAUGGCCGGAGAAGCUGCCAAAGCCGAGCUUGACGCUCCUUACGUCUCUUGGCCUCGGCUUCACGGUGCUUGAGUACGUGCUCUACGUCCUCGUUGUGGGAAUCAGGGUACCGCCGAGCGCUGCGGGUGGAGUGGGUAGGAUGGGACAAGUGAGAAGAUGGAAGCGUGGAAUGAGGAGUGAGGCAGCACGAGCCGGUCGCGAGGGAGACGAGGGCAGUUGGGCCGUGUAUUUGGAUGAUGAAGAGGAUGACGACAUGCCUGCGGGGCAGGAGGAGCCGCGCAAAAAGAGGAGACAAAGCUACGUCGGUUCAUCAGGGGAGAGGGACGGAGAAGGGCAAGGGAGUUCGGGUACGAGUGCAGAAGGUAGCAGGAUGUCCCUUCUACCGGAAGCGGUCAUUUCUCCUUCUACCUCUACGGGACCGUCUUCGUCGUACGGGGCAUUGGAGCAAAGUCGUCCCCUAUCCUCGCUCCUGCCUCAGAGUGCCUUUUCUACUCAGGGAGGGCAGGGUACGCAUAGAAGUAGUAGCAGUCGGGCGCGCACAACAAGCACAACCUCGGCGCGAUCUGGCGGCCGAUCCCCGAGGAACGAUAAGGCUAUGGCUGCCGCUGCGGUGGGUCUAUCCGCCUCCCCCUCGGGAUCAAAGGGCAUGGGACCCCACUCUCCCAUCCAACGUGAUUACGCCCUCGCCACCUCCGGCGGCAACGACGUCGAUCUUGAGGCCGGUCCACGCGCUCCUUUCCCCAUGCAGGAAGGCGAUGAUUCUCGAGAGGACGAAGAACGGGACGACGACGAAGAUGAUCCCAACGAAAUCCUCGACAUUCCAUCUUUCCCCACCUCCACCUCUCGUGAUGCCUCGCGCAUGCGGCUGGCCAUGGCCAGCGAUAGUCGAGCUGCGCAGCAGGAGGGUCGUCGAAGCAGUAGUGGGCUGGCCAGGAGUGGCAGCCGGACUUUGAGUCUCCUCGGGGUGAUUCGAGGUGGUAAUGAGGACGGAGAUGGUGGUCAGGUCGAGGAGCCCACUGCGGGUGGGAGUCAUCCGGAUGAGGAGGCAGAAGCUGUUCCGCAGCGCAGGAAGGGGUGGCGAACGAGCAGCGCGCUGGGGGCGAAGCAAUCUUCCUUGCUGGGCUUCAAGCGUAAGAAGCCGCAGCGCGACGUUUCUGGGCCUUCCGUCGAUGCGGCGGCUGACGCCGGUAGUGGAUCGACAGCCAAGACAGCAGGGUGGCGCGCUGGCGGAAAACGGCUGCUGAAGAGCGCCAUGCCUGGUGCGAGUGGUACCGGUGGAAGUUCAAGUGGACGAACAUGA